AUGGAGCAUUUUCACGUUGAAAAUGAAAUGGCAAGUAAGUUAACAGCAAGUCCUGCGUUUCAAAUAUCAGACAGCAAAAAUGAUGUUGCCUAUGGCAAAGAAAAUGAAAAUUCAGUAAAAGUCGUGUUUUAUGACAACAAAGGAAUCAUGGCAGAAACGCAAAAAGAAUUAACAACUGAAGACCAAACCGCGAAACAUGGUGGAGCUCCAGAUAAAAACGAAACAGUUGAAAACCUGCGUGAACUAUCGAUUUCAUCUGAUGUAUAUUGCGGCGAACAAUUUGGACAAGAGAUUUUACACUUGAUUGAGCAUGGGCACCAUUCAGAGAACUGGAACGAUAGUUAUUAUGAAAAUAUAGCAACAGAAUCAUUUACACCGUCCGUCCAGAUAGAGAGCGCCCCACUAGUUCCAGCUCAACAAAGUGUAAAUGGCAGCGUAACAUCAAUGAAAGACUCAACUCUCACUCUUUCUCUGCUUAACUCAACCUCUGAUGACUCCUCUCAAGCUUUGUAUUUAAAAAAUGCUGAAACAAGCACAGGAAUAAGAAACAGGAGUAUAGAUCAUAACUAUUGCGUGUAUCCAAAGUCACUUCCAGUGAGCUAUUACGGGGCAAUAAGCAAUGGCACAUGGGCGAAUAUUGACCAGGUAAAAUGCAAACUGCAUUUUAAUCAAAUACCAUGAUUUA